AUGGAAAACGAUCUUGGAAAGAUUGUUGAAUUAUAUAUUCCUCGGAAAUGUUCAGCUUCAUCAAGGAUUAUUGCUGCUACCGAUCACGCUGCUGUUCAAAUUGAUUUUGCCGACGUCGAUCCGACAACUGGGCGUAUGAUUCCAAAUAAAGUUACCAGGUAUGCAAUCUGCGGUGAAAUACGUCGUAUGGGUGAAUCAGAUGAUUGUAUUCUUCGCUUAGCUAAGAGGGACGGCUUGGUGCCUAACAAUUUUUAA